UGUUAUGCAUUUGUUAGUUUUUUAGAAUUAUACUUUUAACUUUUUCUUCAGUAUUAAGAUUUCUAGGACUAUUGGUAUUAAACGUCUAUUAAUUAAAGACAUUAUUACAUAGUUUUACAUAUAUACUGUUUAAUUAGACAAUGAAUUUUGUAAUCUCGGUAUGGCUUGUUAUGUAAACAGAAAUUUCGAUGAUCAACAGUAAAUAAAUGUAUAUUUUGUGAUAUGUAAAAGGCACCAUAUUAUCACACUUUUAAAUCUUAUGAAAUACAAUUUUCUAUUAAGCAAUGUUUUUACAAAGGCUUAAGUUUCCUAAACUCACUGGAUAUAUGUUUGUUGCUAACAUGUCUUCAAAACCUACAUCAUCAGAGGUUCUUACUGCUUAUUUGACGCAGUGUAAAGAACCUCCAUGGACUUCAUACUUCGUAAAGUACAGUAGUGUAAAAGAUGACCAAUUUGGAAAAUCAAACUUUAAUUGGGAAGUUGGUAGAUCUAACUAUCAAAUAUUAAGGACAGGAUGCUAUCCAUAUAUUAAGUAUCAUUGUUCAAGAAAAGAAGCAGAAGAUUUAGAGACAUCUGAUAAAUUUAUGAGAAUUAUUAAAAUUGUUAAUCUAGGUAUACCAUGUCUGUUGUAUGGCUUGGCUGCUACAAUGUUAAUCCGUCAUUCUGAGGUUGUCAACACUAGUAAAGGACAGAUUAAAAUAUAUUUUUUGUUGCCAGAACAUAAAGGAUCGUUUUACUGAUUUACUUGUUACAUUGUUUUAGUAUA